GGGCAUGCACUUUCAAAGAGUGAAAGGAGGCAUAAAAAAAUGUUCCCCUUAAAUCCGAUUCUUUAAACUCCAACUCCAACCGACGGAGGAAUUCCAGUGGAGCCGAAUCACGAUACAUCACAAACGACUAGCGUGGGCCCCACCGAAAAAGAUGUUCUGGACGGCGACUUUUCGUAACGUGGUACAGAUGCAAGCCCAUCAGAUAAUAUCGUAUAAAUUCUAUCCUCCGUGUGACCACACGCAACACUGUACUCCCACCACUCGCCAUUGAACUUUCUUUUUCCCUGAAACCAACAGCUAGGGUUUUUGCACCCGGAGGGAGCGAGGGAGGGAUUGGAACGGCGAAACACCAGAAGAGUAGCAGGUUCUUCUGAGAUCGGCUUCUGGGUGCGUCGACGAUGGGGAGAGGAAAGUUCAAGGGAAAGCCCACCGGUCGGCGCCAGUUCUCUACCCCAGAGGAGAUGCUUGCUGGUUCCUCUGCUCGUCCACGCACUUUCAAAAAGGAGCAAGUUGAAGUGGAAGAAGAAGAAGAAGUGAUAGAAUCUGGAGAAGAAUCUGAAGAGGAGCAUGAGAAGCAAAAGGGAACCCAAGGUAUUAUUGAGAUUGAGAAUCCUAAUUUGGUAAAGCCAAAAAACAUGAAAGCAAGAGAUAUCAAUAUUGACAAAACAACUGAACUUUCAAGGCGUGAAAGAGAGGAGAUUGAGAAACAAAGAGCUCAUGAGCGAUAUAUGAGGCUGCAAGAACAAGGAAAGACAGAGCAAGCAAGGAAAGAUUUAGAGCGUUUAUCUCUUAUUCGACAACAGAGGGAAGAGGCUGCUAAAAAGAGAGAAGAGGAGAAGGCUGCCAAGGCACAGAAGAAAUCUGAAGCUCGAAAAUGACCUAGAACAGUGGCAUGCAAAUAUAAUGCAAUCAAGUUGUACUCUCUAUUACAAAAAGCAUUGUUUGCGGACAUGAUUACUACUUGGUUUAUUUUAUAAUGUCCUUGGUAAUUGUAAAAACCAAUAUACCCCAUUUACCUUCCCAACCCCCAAUCCUUCUUCUUUCCUCUUCUUCUUCUUUGUCUUCUUUUCUCUGCUGGACCAUGUUUUCUUGCAUCUUUUAAAACAAGUAGAAUUCUAAUA